GGCUGGUGCCGGCGGGCGGGCUGUGGCCGAGGAGCUUCCGGGAGCCGGGGCGCAGGCACUUCCCGGCCGAGCCUGCAGCCCGUAGCGCUGGGUCGCGCAGACUUUAAGAAACAAUAUACAACCAACAUACGGAAAAGUGCACAGAUGAGUCCCACCAAACCACUUUUCACAGGCUUUCUCCUGUAACAUGCAUCCACAACGAUGGAGACACCAAGACCUAGGAAGACUGUCGAAGGCCGUGGUCAGCAGGAGGUUCAAAUCCAUGCAAUCUACCUGUAGUCGGCAGUCUUUGCCAUUUUAUGACAUUGUCUCCCUAGCUGACAGGUAAAGGCUAGCAUGGACCCAGGAAGUCCUUCUGAAGAACUGCCUCUCUAUGCUCUGUGUUUUCCCAGAUCCCAAAUGCCCUCCUGGGAAUCCAGGUGAAUCGGAGAACAAUCACUGUACCAAGUUCAUACCUUGAUGGCUGCUCCAUGAAGUUAAGACUGGAUCUCUUGUCUCCUGCUGUUCCCCCGAUGCCUGCUCUUUCAUGGUUAGUUUGGAGGCCUGCACUAUGGCUUCAUCCUCCUCCACCCCAGCCUCCUCCGCUCAGUCCAAGAAAACUCGAGACAAGAUAGCCGAAUGGUUCAGGCAGGCUCUGUUGAAGAAGCCCAAGAAGAUUCCAGUCUCCCAGGAAAGCCACCUCAGUGAUGCUUCACAGACAGCCACACAGGAUGGUCUCUCACCCGGGAGUCGCAGCUCACCCCCGAGUCACAGUUCACCCGAGAGCCGCAGCUCGCCCCGCAGUUCAGGAAUGUCACCUACCUCGCCACCAACACACGUGGACAGCAGCAGCAGCAGCGGCCGCUGGAGCAAAGACUACGAUGUCUGCGUGUGCCACAGUGAGGAGGACUUAGAGGUGGCCCAGGAGCUGGUGUCCUACUUGGAGGGCAGCAAGGCCAGUCUACGCUGUUUUCUGCAGCUUCGGGAUGCAGCCCCAGGUGGCGCCAUUGUUUCCGAGCUAUGCCAGGCCCUGAGUAGUAGCCACUGCCGCGUGCUGCUCAUUACCCCAGGCUUCCUUCGGGACCCCUGGUGCAAGUACCAGAUGCUGCAGGCCCUGACGGAGGCCCCGGGGGCAGAGGGUUGCACCAUACCCCUGCUAUCCGGCCUGACCAGAGCAGCCUAUCCGCCGGAACUCCGAUUCAUGUACUAUGUGGAUGGCCGAGGCCAGGACGGUGGCUUUUACCAAGUCAAGGAGGCUGUUAUACACUAUCUGGAGACACUAAGCUGACACGUCACCUUUCACAAGAGAAGCUGGAGAUAGCUCACAGCAAGCAUUAGUCCAGCAUAUAUGGCAGGAGGCAUCAGGAACCGGAGCCAGCUAAACUCACUCGGUUCAUGACACAGGAUCAGACUGCCUCCAGCUUCCAUUACUGUGGGGUCCAGGCAGCCAGGCAGAAGAUGGGAACCACCCCUGAAAGGAGUCCAAGAAGAAGAUAGGGACUCCCCAGAGACCAGGAAGAAGAUGGGGACUCCCCAAGAAGGGCAGGAGGAAGCCAGGGACUCCCCCAGGAAGACGACGAGGAAGUCAGAAAUUCAAGUUGUCAAGGGACUGUGCUAUCAGGAAGGUCAGCAGUGUCUCGUCUGCUGCUUCACUGGAUAGAAAGCUGACUCAUGGAUGUCUUCUUCCCUUGGCAUCAGGCACUGGGGGAAAUAGGUACCAUUCCUCAAGAGGGAUGACCCUGAUUGAUGAGCCAGAAGUUGCCCAGGGAAGCUGGGAAGAGGUGGCAAGCAUCCAGUCCUUCACACACACACUACCGAAACUUCACUCACUUCACAAAGCUGGAUGGUACAUUCAGUCCUACACUGAAUUCAACCUAUUGAAAAAAUGUCAUUAAAAAUGCAACCCUAGGGGCUGGGGAGACAGUGGUGCAGUGGGUGAAGAACUCUUGCUGCUUUUGCAGAGGAUCCAGGUUCAGUUCCCAGGAUCCAUGUGGUGACUCACAACCUUAUCUAACUCUGCUUCCUGGGGAUCUGAUGCCAUCUCUGACCAUGACCUCCUUGUGCACCAGGUACACACGUAGAACACGUAGAACAUAUAGACACAGGCAAAACAACCAUUCACGUAAAUCUUUUUCAAAAUUAGAAGUGCAAACCUAAGACUCUAGACGGAGUCAGUGGUAGAACGCCUGUCUCGCAUGCCUGAGGGCUUGGAUUCUACCUCCAGCACCACCAAGACAAAGAAGAAAAUGCAAACCUGGAAGCCACUCUGAGUACAUGAACAGGUAGGGAGAAGGAAAGCCAGGGUAUGGGGCUCAGCUCCUUCACCUGGAUCAAAACCAACAGAUCGUGUGACACCUGGGACCUCCUCAGACAUCUGUGAGAACCCAUGCUUCACGGCACCUGGCUUUGUGUUGAACUGAAAGGAACCAGUUCUCAAUCUAGCACCAGAGUUUAUCCCCAGGGAGAGGCAAGGGGAUCACUUAUGUUCUCUGGUCAACUAAAUGUCCUUGUCUCCCCUGGUAUGUACCUUGAGCCUCUCCUCUUCCUUUUGACAUAUCUUUUUACUGAAAAAACAAAAAGUUUUUAAAUUAUAGGGUUUUUUUUUGUUACAUACAAAAUAUCUAAAGGACACUGUACCAUACUCAUGCAGCUACCAUCUAACUUAAGAAAACCUUAUUGCCAACAUGCAUGUUUCCUUUGUGUUCUGAAUUCCAGCCCCUUCGAGCAUCCAUACAUAAAUAACCAGCCGUUCUGAAUCUUGAAUUAUUUUGAAGUUUCCAUGGAUGUAUGCACCCCAGAAGCAUUAUUCGAUUUUAUGACUUUAUCUUCUAUACAGAUUGCAUUGUGUUUCCUUUGUUUGACACGUUUGCAAGGUGUGUCCAUGUUGCUGUGUCACUCGUGGGCUUCCUUUUGUUUGUGUAGGCUCAGCAGUCCCCGCCCUUUAGGGUGGAACGGCCCUUUCUCGGGGGUCACAUGUCAGAUAUCCCCCAUAUUGGAUAUUUACAUUAAGAUUCAUAACUACCAAAGUUACAGUUAUGAAGUAGCAAGGGAAGUAGUUUUAUGGUUGGGUUGCCACAUGAGGAAUUGUAUUAAAAGGUCACAGCGUUAGGAAGGUUGCAAACCACUACUCUAAGAUCACCUUAAAGCAAAUUCCAGGGAAUUCCUCCCUAAAUUUUCAGUUACAAACUUCUAAAUCACGAGUUGUCUUUGUUUAAAGCGUGAGCUUAGUAUCUUUUAAAGUUACGUUUUUAAUCAUAACAUAAAACACUGCCCACGAAGCUGUUGUCAGGGCUUCCUGUGUCUUACAUAGGCCUUCCUGUGUUAUUCCACAUUUUCUUCUGUGUUCAAUCCUGAAAAGAACUUGAUCUCAUUUUCUGCCAAAGUGUUCCUAUUCACAUCUCGGCUUCUUCACCACUUGGGGUUGUUGCUGUCUGUUUUCUAGUUUUGAUUUUUUAUAGUCUGUAGCUCAGACUGACCACAGACUUGACAUCCUCUUUCUUCAGCUUCCUGGAUGCUGGGCUUUUAGGUAUUAUAAGCUAUCAUGCCUGGCUUAUUCUUGGCUUUCAAGUCAGAAAUCUAAUUCUUUUCUCUCAGUUUUUCCCCAGCAGUCCAGUCUAUCUUCACUGGUAUGUUAUUUUUCUGUUUAUUUAGGAUAGGAUCUUCUCACUAUGUAUCCCUGGCUGGCCAAGAAUUCACUAUGCAAACCAGACUGGCCUCAAACUCAGAGAUCUGCCUGUUUCUCCUCCCCAGGACAGUGCUGGGAUUAAAGGUGUGCACCAGCACAGACAGCUACUGCUGUUGCAACCUGUCAUAUGUAUGUGUCUAUUGCUGGUUCUCUAGUCCCUUUCAAGUAUACCCUGUGUUAGUGUCACGCAUCUUUUAAAAAGCUUUAAUGCCCUGUGGGCCAGGUCUCCCCACUCUUCUUGUUCAUCUAAAUCACUGUCUUUUCAUAAUUCUUACUUUUCUGUGUUGUUUAUUCAUACACUGUCAGGUUCCAGGGGAAAGUAUAUUUUUAUUAGAGUUGUAUUCAGAUUAUGGAUUUGACUAGGAAGAACAGGUACUUUCAUGGUAAAGUCUUCCUACCCAUAACGGAACAUCACCCCGCUUACUUCCUUAAAUGUAUUUCAAUAAAUUUGUAUAAUACUU